CGGCCGUGUAAGCGCUCACUUACAACUUCCCUUUCCUCACAAAUUCUUCUCAAAGCUUCGUCGCUCUUUUUUAUAUCGCACAGUUUCAUCUCACCUAUGCACUGCGGCCUACGUCUUUGCCCCUUAGCGUGUCUUGAAGGAGAAAUUUGAGCCACCUGCUCACUUAGCAGAAAAUGCGCCACACCGUUCCUGCCGUAAAAUGCCGAAUGAUAGCUUGAUAUGCUGCCCGUCUCUUCCAUCUGCCGUUUGUGACAGUGCCACCAUCUCCCUCUUCGACCAGGUCAACAGAGCCACCGUACACAACCGUUCCCGCUUUGGUUCCAUUUUGACAGAAUCCAUCGUUGUCCUCAAUGCCUUCCCGAGCCAAAAACAACCGACGGCGGCAGGCCCAGAUCGGCAAGGGUGUUGGAAUCCCAGUUCAGACUGCAAAGUCUGAGGCCGAGAAUAUUUCAGCCUUUCUGAAGAACCUUCAAUCACUCCCCUCGCGAGGCGAUGAUGACGGCGCCGAUCAGGAGUUACCAGGUCGUCCGACGAAGCGUGCCAAGACUGCAGGAACUCGCGAUACAAUAUGUAUCGCGCGGGGAAAUAUGACAUUCACAGCGUCAAAGACAACCGAUUCAGAGUGCACAACUCUUGUGAGGAGUAAUAUCGGCGAAGCUUUCGCUCUGCAACUCCGCGAUGCUCACUUCGAGGACCCCGCCCAAAGCAAGUCGCAAUUACAUAUUUCUCCACGCACCAAAUCUCGAGGUGCUGGCUUUCGGGCGGUCUUCUGUUCGCACGAAAACCUGUCACCAGUAUUAAAGACGGUAUUCAAAGUGGCCGAGACACAAAGCUUCGACCCUGGCGUUGAAGGAUGCCUCUGGGCGGCAGUAGAUUGCUCCAUUCGAGUGGAUGAUGACGUGGUGUGUCUCGACCUCUCUGUGGAGGUUAGAUGGAACGAAACCGUCACUCUAUGGGGAAGCGACCGGGCCAAAUCAUCCCCUCAGCAGCUUUUGAGGAACGAAGUUCUCAGAACCUGGUAUCCUGAACUAUAUAUACACGACUCUACAAAAGGCGCGCAGCCCUCAUGGUCUCCCCAAGACUUUUACGAAGCAGCAUGUGUACCAGACAAGGAAGCCAUGGAUCCGGAGGUGUCAUCGAUGGAAAUACCGCAGCUUCAGACGACAUUAUACCCCUUUCAACGCAGAGCCGUUCAGUGGCUUUUGAGGCGCGAAGGCGUGCACUGGCGCGGCAAUGAUCAGGACAAGAAGGGGGGCGUCCAGCCGUAUAAUUCGGAAGCGCUUGGGGAAUUGCCCAUUUCCUUCUACCAAGCCAAGGAUGCGGACGCCAAGAUAUUUCACCUUAGUCCGUUACUCGGCGUUGCCGUUAGAGAUACAGCGCUCUUUAGGUCUUUUCAGGAGUUCCGCGGUGGCAUCCUUGCAGAAGAGAUGGGGCUCGGGAAGACGUUGGAGGUGAUUGCACUAGUGCUGCUCCAUAGACGUCCAGAAUCCCCCAUUAUGGUUUUCGAUCCUUUCCUGGGCAGAGAGCUUCUCACGACCUCGGCAACUUUGAUCGUUGCGCCAUCUUCGCUCUUAGACCAAUGGCUCUCGGAGCUCAAUAGGCAUGCACCGAGCCUCAAAGUCGUGUAUUACCCCGGAAUCAGGAAGUUGGCUAAGCGGAUGGAUGGAGAAGGACUCUCAGCCGAAAAUCUGGCGCAGCAGGACGUGGUGAUCACGACGUAUGAGGUGCUCAGAACGGAGAUCUGGGCUGCAGAAGAUGAGCCUGGACGCUCAAUGCGCAACGAGAGACAGUAUGAGCGAACCAAGUCCCCUCUGGUUCAGCUCUCGUGGUGGCGAGUGUGCAUCGAUGAGGCGCAAAUGGUCGAAAACUGGACCAACAAUGCCGCGAAGCUAGCCCGGCGGAUCCCCCGUAUCAAUGCCUGGGGCGUCACAGGAACGCCGGUAAAGGAUGAUAUUCAGAAAGAUCUUCGUGGGCUCUUGCUCUUCCUCCGUUAUGAACCGUAUGCAUUAGACGCAAAGAUUUGGAAUGUCCUCACCACCCUAGAUAAAGCCUCCUUCAGGAAGCUUUUCAACCUAUUGUCGAUGCGUCACACCAAGAGCAUCGUGAGAAAUGAGAUUUCCCUUCCGCGGCAGAAGCGUUAUGUUAUCACUAUGCCAUUUAGUGCCGUUGAAGAGCAGCACUACCAGAGCCUCUUCGAAGAACUAGCCGCAACAUGUGGCUUAGACGCACGGGGGAACCCGCUCCAGGCUGACUGGGACCCUGAAGAUCCAGGUGUCCAAAGCGCAAUGCGGAUGGCGCUCGACCGUCUGCGCCAAACCGUCUUGCACCCAGAAGUGGGAAACCGGAAUCGACGAGCACUUGGGCAGAAGGCCGGACCUAUGCGCACGGUGGCUGAAGUCCUUGACGCUAUGCUGGAACAGACAGACGCAGCGAUGAGAACCGAUCAGCGGAGCCUACUCUCGGCAAGGCUGACAAGAGGGCAGAUCCUCGCCUGCCAAAAACGGGUGGGGGAUGCGCUGACGGUCUGGCAAGAAGUUCUUGCCAAAACCACAGAAAUGGUGUCGGAAUGCCGGGUUCAGCUGGACCAUGAGAUCCAAGAAGCUCGGAAAGUAAACACGGACGAGACCCAAGCAAGGUCCGAAAGCGAUGAGACGGAGUAUCGUGAGGACGCCGUGCCUCCGCGAGUGGGGGAGGCGCGCCGAAGGCUACGGUCGGCGCUCGAGAUCCAGCAUAGAGCGGUGUUUUUCUGCGCGAAUGCGUACUUUUCUAUCAAGUCGAAUGAGGAGAUGACUGCUCCUGGUUCGGAAGAGUUUCAACGCCUAGAGAAGCUCGAAGCUGAAGGAUACGACCACGCCAAAGCAAUCAGAAAAGAGAUCCUUCAGGAGAGUCAUGGCAGAGCAAUGAAACUAAUGGAGCGCCUCGCAAAUGCCGCUGCAAACCAAGCCUUUGCCGUCAUCCCAGAGUUUAAAUCCGGCAGUCAGAAGGGGCUGGAGAGUCGCAAGGUUUCCGAAGCAUUGGAACAACUAGGCGCGGCAUUGGACGACCAGGCUAAUCAGCUCGAUGACUGGCGGGAGCAUGUUAUCCAGCUGUUGCUUAAACCGCUUGUCGAUGAAGAUAUUGACGAGACAACAGGCGAGGAGUACGAGGAAUCGACCAAGCUUCAGGAUGAAAUUCUAGUAUACCUCCAGAUCCUCAGGACAGCUCUAGCAGACAGACAGGCGGCGAUAACGGGGCAGAAGAACUUUUUGGUCGAACACGAGACAAAAGCUGCCGCUCGCAUGGCUAUGGAAGGGGAUGGCCCGUUCCCUGAAAGGCUUGUCGAGCUUUUGAAGGUCCGGGAUGCUAUCAGACCACCGUUCAUCGAAGGAGACGCCAUGAGCUCGCUACGCGGGUUGGUGUCGGAACUGCGAGGCUUGACGGUGAAGCUGCGACAAGACGCGGCAACAGGGAGCUCGAGAGCUGCUAAUGAGCUAGCCAUUAUUUCGAAUUUGCUCAAGUCGACGCUCAGCCACCAAGCUGAGCAAACCAAGGCCGCGAUUACGAUGGAGAAGGAGAUUGAGCGCUUCAUGGAUACAUUGAAUGCUCGCAUCGAAUUUUAUCGACAGCUUCAAGAGGUUUCAGAUAUGGUUGGGGAAUACGAAGGCUCAACGGAAGCUGCGGCGCUGGAGACGGCACUUGAGGCAGCACGAAAACAAGAAGAGAGUUUGCAGAUGAAGUUGGCUACUGCGGAAUCCAAGCAUCGUUACUUGCUACAUCUCAAGGACGCAGAGGCCAAUCCGGAAGAACAGCGCAUGUGCGUCAUCUGCCAGUCGCCCUUCUCAGUUGGCGUCUUGACGGUCUGCGGACAUCAGUUUUGCAAGGAAUGCAUAACGCUUUGGUUUCGGGCGCACCGAAACUGCCCGGUUUGCAAGAGGCAUUUGCAUCAGUCCAACCUCCACGAUAUUGUGCUGAAGCCUCAGGAGCUCAAGAUCCAUUCGGAACAAAGUUCCAGAGGCCACGACAUCCCGGACCAAUCGCAAGGACAAAGUCCGAUUCGCAAAGUGUCAACCAUCUACACCGAGUUCAACAGCGACAAGUUGGCCGAGAUCAAGGAUAUAGAACUUGACGGGCCCAGUUUCACGACGAAAGUGGACACACUGACGAGACAUCUCUUGUGGCUGAGGGAGUCAGACCCGGGAGCCAAGUCGAUUGUGUUUUCGCAGUACAAAGAGUUCCUCGACGUGCUCGCGCUUGCAUUCCGCAGAUUUCGCAUUGGUUUCACGUCAUUUGAUAAGGCACAUGGCGUUACCAACUUUAAAGAAGAUCCUAGCACAGAGGUCUUUCUGCUGCAUGCAAGAGCCCACGCGAGCGGACUGAAUUUGGUCAACGCAAGUCACGUUUUCCUAUGUGAGCCGCUGCUCAAUACGGCAUUGGAGCUCCAAGCGAUUGCGCGGGUCGAUCGGAUUGGGCAGCAGCAUGAGACGACGGUCUGGUUGUAUAUUGUCGACGGGACGGUGGAGGAGUCAAUAUACGACCUGUCGGUCCAGCGCAGGAUGGAACACAUGGGCCGUAACCUGAAGGGGAAGUCCAAGGAGUGUACGCCCGAGCUGUUAGAUGCGAGCCUGGAGGUGGCCAAUUCGCUCGAGAUGCAGCAAGCGCACUUGUCCAAGCUGAUGGGAAAGGAUGGGAUAUCUGGAGAGGCUGUGGAUCAGGAUGAUUUAUGGACGUGUUUGUUUGGCCAUUUGGGUUCCGGUCGGAGGAAUGAGAACCAAGCGCCGGUGAAUGUGGCCACUCGAAGGUUUCUUGCUGCUGAGGCUGCGGAUAGACGGCGAGGACGGGCGGAGAAUCAGGGGUAAACUAUGAAUCUCUAUGAAUCUAUAACCGUUGGAGGGCAGAGGAUUGAGCGCAGCAUCUCGAUCAGAUCAAUGAGCUUGCGGUCAUUUUCAACUACGUAUUUAUUGGGGCACUGAGGUUUGGCUCUUUUUCCCUCCUUCAACCCCCCAACCGCCUACAAUUUAUACACCCAAUUCUUC